CGGUCCUCCCGGAGCAAGCAGCCGCGGCAGCCCAGGAGGCGGAGGCAGCGGCGGCGGCGGCAGAGGCGGCAACGUGCCCGCCGCAGUCGCCCGCCGCUUCGGACCCGCGCCCGCCGGUCCGUCAGCCCGCACCGCGCCGGGGCGCUCUCUCCACUGCGCGCGGUACAAGGAAAUGCUAGAACUAGUGCUCUCACCCAGUCUUACUGUAAACAGCACCUGUGUGGGUAAACUGAAGCUCACUGCUGACGCCGAUGUCCGGACUCUGAGUGGCGCAGAAGGCAUCACCGCAUCGGCCCUUCCACGUGUGUCCCAGCUCUUGGCAAGACCUUGCCCACGUGUCCUGUCCAGCCAGCCUCCCACGGCCAUGGCAGCCUACGGCCAGACACAGUACAGCACGGGGAUCCAACAGGCCACCCCCUACACAGCUUACCCACCUCCGGCACAAGCCUAUGGGAUACCUUCUUACAGCAUCAAGACAGAAGACAGCUUGAACCAUUCCCCCGGCCAGAGUGGAUUCCUCAGCUAUGGCUCCAGCUUCAGCACCCCACCCACCGGACAGAGCCCGUACACCUACCAGAUGCACGGCACGGCAGGGAUCUAUCAAGGAGCGAAUGGACUGACCAGCGCAGCAGGUUUCGGAAGCGUGCACCAGGACUAUCCUUCCUACCCUGGCUUCCCUCAGAGCCAAUACUCCCAGUAUUACAGCUCAUCCUACAACCCUCCUUACGUCCCAGCCAGCAGCAUCUGCCCUUCCCCCAUCUCCACGUCCACCUACGUCCUCCAGGAGGCAUCACACAACGUCCCCAACCAGAGUUCUGAAUCGCUUCCAGGUGAAUAUAACACGCACAAUGGACCUUCCACGCCAGCCAAAGAGGGAGACACAGACAGGCCACACCGGGCCUCCGACGCGAAGCUCCGAGGCCGUUCUAAGCGGAGCAGUGACCCCUCCCCAGCAGGGGACAACGAGAUCGAGCGUGUGUUCGUGUGGGACUUGGAUGAGACAAUAAUUAUUUUUCACUCCUUACUCACGGGGACUUUUGCAUCCAGAUACGGGAAGGACACCACGACGUCCGUGCGCAUCGGCCUGAUGAUGGAAGAAAUGAUCUUCAACCUUGCAGACACGCACCUGUUCUUCAAUGACCUGGAGGAUUGUGACCAGAUCCACGUCGAUGAUGUCUCAUCCGAUGACAAUGGCCAAGAUUUAAGCACGUACAACUUCUCCGCCGAUGGCUUCCACAGUUCGGCCCCGGGAGCCAACCUGUGCCUGGGCUCCGGCGUCCACGGCGGCGUGGACUGGAUGAGGAAGCUGGCCUUCCGCUACCGGCGGGUCAAGGAGAUGUACAACACCUACCGGAACGACGUCGGCGGCUUGAUAGGCGCUCCCAAAAGAGAGACCUGGCUGCAGCUCAGAGCUGAGCUGGAAGCUCUGACCGACCUCUGGCUGACCCACUCCCUGAAGGCACUGAACCUCAUCCAUUCCCGGCCCAACUGUGUCAACGUGCUGGUCACCACCACUCAGCUGAUCCCCGCCCUGGCCAAAGUCCUGCUGUACGGACUGGGCUCCGUGUUCCCUAUCGAGAAUAUCUACAGUGCAACCAAGACCGCACAACAUGCCUUUCUGGCGGAUAUCCUGCCACGCCGACCUGGAGGCGCUGAGGCACGCCCUGGAGCUGGAGUAUUUAUAGCAGAACCCGCGGUCACACCUGCCUCCCAGGAGCACCCCGCCCAGGCCUCGCCUCCCGCCAGACGCUGGGCCCGGGGCAGGGGCCCUGCCGCCCGGAGGAGGCGUCGGCCCGGGACCGUCCCUGAAGCUGUUCUUUCCGUCCAGACGCGGGUCCGGAGACGCAGAGUCCCCAGCGGUGGCUUUGGGGCGUUUGACUUUGGGGAAAAGGGCUGACCGGGAGUCCAGACGUUCCUACGAGUCUCACAGAACAAAAGCGAGGCGUUUGCUGAUCUGGGGGAGGGCUGGGACGAGGCGGGACAGGCUCGGGUCUUCUUCUUCUUCUUAAUUUAUGGACGAAUCUCAUUCCCCCGCUGUUAUGUUCUCAUUCCCGUGUGGUUGGUUGGUUUCCUUAGUGUUGGUCUGGUUUGGUUUUGAAACGGGCAUGUGGAGCGGCCUGGGGUUCCGAUGUACGCACUCCACUCCAGGUGUGCUUUGGGGGACAAUCCUCUUCCAGCAAUUGGUGAGGGAGGCGACUGGGGGCUGUGGGAAGACUGUUGCUUAUUUUUGUGUUUAAGGACCUAACCUGACGUCAUGUGGACAGUGCACGUGCCUUAUGCUGCCAUCUUGUUUUUCUAGGAAGAGGGGGCCCUGGGGAGGAGGCGGUACUUUGUGAUGGAGAAAAGGCAUUAAAUAAAACCACGUUUACAUUUUGAA